AGCUGAACUUUCUCUGGUCAAAAAAAAAGAAGAAGAAGCUGAACUACUUAUUAUUAACUGUUAGAAACCAAGCCAUGGCUUCUUCUGAUAAUAACUCUAACAGACUCGUCUCGUCCGACCUCAGUCUCUUCUUCGUCUUGUUUUGUGUUUGCCUGUGUCCCCUUAGGGUUCAUAUGUUUCCUAAUGGUUAUUAUAAUUAUCCUCCUCAACCAUAUGGACCUGGAAGAACCCUAGACUACAGCUUCUACGACAUAACAUGCCCUAACUUGCUUACGAUUGUUCAUUCUGCUGUCUGGUCUGCCAUCAACAAGGACCCCAGAAUGGCUGCCUCCCUCCUUCGUCUUCACUUCCAUGAUUGUAUUGUCGACGGAUGCGAUGCAUCAGUACUGCUGGAUGACACACAGGAAAUGCAAGGAGAAAAGAAGGCCGGCCCCAAUCUCAAUUCCCUUCGCGGCUUCCAAGUCAUCGACGCCAUUAAAGCCGACCUCGAAACCUCCUGUCCCUCCACCGUCUCCUGCGCCGACAUCCUCGCCCUCGCCGCCCGAGAAGCCGUCCUCCAGGCUGGUGGCCCCUCUUGGCCUGUGGGAUUGGGACGAAGAGAUUCUGUAAGUGCCAGUAUGGUCGCGGCCAACCAACAGAUCCCCACACCUUUCGAGUCCCUUCAAAACAUCACCGCCAAGUUCACUUCCAAGGGUCUUGACUUGAAGGACGUCGUCGUCCUCUCGGGAGGCCACACCAUUGGAUUUGCUCAGUGUUUUACGUUUAAAAACAGGCUCUUCAACUUCAAAGAGUCGGGCAAACCCGAUCCUGAUAUGGAUUCGGUGCUCCUCUCGGGUUUGCAGAGAAGGUGUCCCAACAAGGAUUCUUCCAACAGAAACCUGGCCCCUCUGGAUUCUGCUUCUUUUUACAGUUUCGACAACGCUUAUUACAGCAACCUGGUUAAGAACUCGGGGCUCCUCCAAUCUGAUCAGGUUCUAAAUGCUGAUCCCAUCACUGUUAAUUGGGUGAAUUACUAUAGCCUCAACCAGUUCGCCUUCUUCAAUGACUUCGCUGCCUCCAUGGUUAAGCUCAGCAGUGUUGGGGUUCUCACAGGCCAGAAUGGCCAAGUUAGGCUCAAGUGUGGCUCUGUUAAUCGAGGUUAAGCUACACACACAAAGCUCUCUUGUUCAUUGUGCAGGCUUUAACAGGUCUAGUCUAGUGCAGAUAAGUCCAUCACCUUCAAUGCCACUGGUGGUGCAAUAUAUAUAAUAUAGCCUCUGUGGGUUUGAUUCUGCAGAAAGCUCCUUACUGUUAUGUGCUUUGGGCAUUAUAACAAGGGACCACUGGGUCGUCUUAACCGUAGUAUAAUAGUCGUUGUAAUUAGUUAUUUAUUUUGGCUAGAUAAACAUUAACUAGGCUACAGAAAACCAUGGCUCAGGGGAGGCCUGAUUUUAGGCCAGAAACCCAAAAAGGAAGGCUUGUGGCCUCAUACACUCGUAACUGAACCU